CAUCUCCCUGGCACGCUUAAUUUUGUAUCCACAAAAAUAUUUACGCUAAACUCGGUCCGUUAAUUUGAGAAUUGAUGCUACACUUGCUCUACGAAACUGCGUAGGGAAAUGAUAGCAAAGGGGCCAGGAAAUAUGUAACUUCAUUGAAUUUAGGUUUGUUGAGAGAGUCAAGAUGGUGCUUGAAAGUAUUACGAUGAUCAUUAAAAAACAACUCCCAGCAUAUCUCAAGCGGCUACCUUUACCUGAGUCAAUCACUGGUUUUGCAAAGCUCACAGUUUCAGAGUGGUUGCACUUACUACCCUUGCUUGGUGUUCUCGCACUGCUUGGGUAUCUUACCAUCCGCCCCUUCCUGCCAAAGAAAAAGCUACAGAAAGACAGCCUAAUUAACCUGAAGAUUCAAAAGGAAAACCCUAAAGUGGUAAAUGAAAUUGACAUUGAGGAUCUAAAAAGCACAAAUGCCUGCUACUGCAGGUGUUGGCGUUCAAAAACGUUUCCUGUGUGUGAUAAAUCCCACAUAAAGCACAAUGAGCUGACUGGCGAUAAUGUGGGUCCACUGAUUCUCAAGAAGAAAGUUUCAUAAGACUCGAUGUUGCCUGGGAUCCAUCAUAGUUUCUUUACUGAUGUAGUUAAAAGUGAUUUGAAGUGUUGUAUGCGUGCUUGUGUGUGUUUUGUUUGUUUUGGUAGACGGAUUAUAAUUCUGCACACCAUCGUAAGUGUCUUCAUUCAUGUGUCUCUAAAGACUGUAGUAAACCAUGCUGAUACAAAAACAGUUUCUUAGUCAGUGUUAGGAUUAUGUUAAAAUACACACUCGGGGCUUUAAAUUAAUGCUGGCCAUAUAAAUACUUGGUACUAAUUAGGAAGUGUACUCCUGAGAAUUAAUGAAAUACUGUAUACUGCAGCUUACUUGAUUGUAGUAGAAAAACUGCUAUUCACUAAACUUAGCUUUCAGAUUGUGGUAAUGAAAAAGAAUGGUUUUGAAAUACCUAAAAUAUACAAUAUUGUGUUUACUGUGGUGUAUUUAAUAUUGUAAAUAACAGAACUCACUCACUUAAACUUGUUUUAUACUGAAACAAUAAAUGGGGACAUGUACAGUAAAAAACAUAAGAGCUGGCUGUAUUACAUGAUCUCCAAUCAGGACUCCACUACCUAACACUGAGCAUGCGAGCUGCAACAUGCUAUUCCCCAUAUUACAACUGUACACAAUUAGAGGUGCGGUCACCAAUUCCAUACACAGCAUUUGCAAAAUAUCUCAAAUAUAAAAUGCUGAGUUCAUUGCAGUCAUCAGCGGCAUAGAUUAACCAUUCAACCGAAUGAGGCAACAAAUAAGUGAGUACAGCCAUUAAGUUACUGUUUUAGUAUCACUUUAGUGUCUUAACAAGUUGUUGUAUUUUAAGCAGUUGAAUAUGGUAGCAACCAGCUUCCUCCUAAAGUGACACCCAACAAUUAGAUUUAGACAGUGCAUGUAUUAUACUAUUGCUAUAUACAGUAGUAUGCCUUUAUAUAUCCAUCGCCCCCUGUCAGUAGUAUGUUUACAGGGCAUGGGCAUAAAAUAAUGCCCUAAACAUAUUGUAGUCCAGGUGGAGUUUUGGAUUUGUUUUCCCCAAAAUGUUCUUAAGUUGUCUUAGUACUGUAUCUGUAUGCUUUUCAGAACGAGAGCUUCCUUUCUAAACCCCCAUAAUUUAUUAAGAUAGGUUCUUUAGUAUGAUAGUCAUAAUACAAAGUAUUGGGCCCAGGAGGAAGGCCUAUAAUUCCAGGGCAGCAGUGUGAAGUAGUGGUUAGGGCUCUGGACUCUUGACCGGAGGGUUGUGGGUUCAAUCCCAGGUGGGGGACACUGCUGCUGUACCCUUGAGCAAGGUACUUUACCUAGAUUGUUCCAGUAAAAACCCAACUGUAUAAAUGGGUAAUUGUAUGUAAAAAUAAUGUGAUAUCAUGUAACAAUUGUAAGUCGCCCUGGAUAAGUGUGUCUGCUAAUAAAUAAAUAAUAAUAAUUGUGAAUAUGAAAAUAAAGAAAGUCCAUUGUUUCAGAAGUCAUGGAAAUGUCUUUAUGCUUCUUGUACUUGAAGAUGACUGUAAAAAAACAAACAAAAUAAAACAAUAGAUGAUUAAAUUAA